AUGAUCUUCCGAAAGGCUUGCAUUUGGCUACUAAAGCUAUUCGAGAUUGUGCGCGGUGCUGGCGUUGGUGAACACUUGACAAUGCUGGCCCGCACGAGCGUUCCAUGGGAAUUGAAACCCUAUUAUCCGGAAUUGAAAGCUGGCACUUUCUUUCCAGAUGCAUUCUACAGCUGUGCGGCUAAUGAUGAUUGGAAAAAGUUUGCUGAGUGGACACAUUGGCCACCUUUCUUAGUGUUAGGAGCUAAAAUGUGGCGAGAAAAAUAUGGCACAAAUCGAAAUUGUGAGAAUGCGUUACGUUUGAGGGCAUUUCUGACCGGAAUUUUUGUUCAUCAGGUUACAGAUGUAUCGUGGCACUCGCUGGUAAAGGGUUAUCGAAGUCAUGGCCUUGUCAAGGCGUUAGCGGAACUUGAGUUCAACGGAGACUAUCAAAAUGCACACGAUUUCGUAGAUUCGAUGGGCGACUUGCUGAUUUUAGGCCAGGUUAUAAGGGAUACUAGUGACAACUGGCCAUUUUACACCGAUCAAGACUGGCAGCUUCCGCUCGAGGAUGACCUACUCGAACUUGUACGAAGGUCUGGUGUCGACGAUCUACACUUUUGGGAGAUUCAAGCAUGCGUCAAACGUGGUUCUGUGGCUCUUUCAAGCGAAGUUCUUUCACUCCUCAGACGCCGCAAAGAAGUCUUAGAGGUCGCAUAUAAUAUCUCACCGAGAGCAAGGGAGCUAAUCCAGGGUCACUGGUUAGGAGGUGAACCAAAUUUGGUCGCAAUGGUGAACAAAUGUCUCCCCACUUUCUUCACUCUUUUUGAUCAAAAAUCAACUGUUUUCAGCGACUCAGAACUCGAAACACUUAUUGAGCUAUGUGGAAAUCUACCUUCCGGUAAGGCUGCUACAGACGGCACAAAUCCGGUGACAUUACUCAAAAGAGAUAUUGAUGAUCAGCUUUUUGUCUCCCCAUUAAAGCCACUGUCUUUGUUCGGGCUUGAUAUCGCCGUUGGAAGGUUUCGAAAUGACGAAGUUUCCUUAGCCAUAAGUGCGCCACUUGAAGAGGGAGAAGGAUCGGUUUAUGUCAUCCCGUGGGCGGAGCUAAUGAGCUAUGAUACCUUUGAGACCGAGAAACCUAUCGCAUCGGCGUAUGGGUCUAGCGUUCACAAGCUCACCGCAAAUGGUUUGGACUACUUGGUUGUUUCUGCAAGUGGAGAAAACACAAUUUAUUUUUAUCUGAGUGGUAGAAAGGUCUUAUCCAUAGCGGACACAGGUAGUUGGGAGCGUCAUCAAUUGGUAGUGUCCUCUGUGGAUGAUAUAGAUGGAGAUGGAGUUUCUGAUUUGGUAUUGUCUGGUCCUCAUUACGGGUACAAUGAGACUGGUGUUGUUUUUAUAGUUGACGGAGGUGAGCUAAGUGCAUUGGUUGAAGAUCCUUCUAUAGAAUUUGUUGAAAUGCACUCACUUAGCACCAUAUGCCUGAAAGCACCGCUGUCAAAAGCUUUUCAGCAUUUUGGCUCACAAGUAUCGUGGUCAAAGCUGGACAAGAAGAAUGGCAUGCUUUACGUCGCAAGCCAGGGGCUGGGUGUUGUAUUUGUUUACCCAUUGAAGAGCCUACAUCAGAAUGCUCUCCCAAUGUUUACCAUCAUUGAAGAAAACAUCAUUCGUUCCGAGGAGGAUGUCCCAUUUGAACUUGAGAUGAGGAAGUCGAGUAUACACGGAAUGUUCGGAAAAGAAAUGCAUAGCUGGGCUAUAGGAGAUACGGGCUACAUUGCAAUAUCUCAACACUUACAAAACAAGGUUUACCUAUACAAAGAGCACGAAGGGUUUGUGGAGUACUACGCAACUCUCAUAUUGGAUAUAUCAGUCGAUACACACACUGUGAUUGCCACCAUUGGUUUUGGUUCGUCCAUUGCUUAUGAUCAUACAUCUGACAAACUAUACCUAUCAUCGCCUGGGUUUUUUGAUGGCACUGGUGCUAUUUGGGGCAUUUCAAUGGUUGAAAUUCAGCAAUCAGUUGAUAGAUGGAAAAUCAAUAAAAUUUUGAUUACACCUUCAUCACACCUCAUAGCGCUCAAUAAGGCCACACAUGGGAAAGGUAUAUCUGACUUUGGUAAGGUUCUGAAGGUCGGUCCGGACGGUAAACUAUUAGUGGGAGCACCCCGGUAUGGAUAUGGGGAUUUUGGGCAUCAACAGCUCUCAGGAGGCUUAAUCAUCAUCUAA